UAUGCUCCUAAUUUCUUCCCCCGUUCGUCCCCAUUUUCUCUUUCUCUCUCUUCUCCCUUCAGCAGCAACUACGGAGAGACGACGACAUCAGCCACCUAAGGACGGACGUCGCUCGCUUGGCGUUACUCUUUUGCUUCACAAAUUCGCAUCAUUUCACGAUACUCAUCACAUCCGAUCUUCUUGAUUAUCGAUAUUCUGAGGUUUUUCGCUUUGCUGCUUGCAUUACUUCCAAAUUUCUAUGAUCUGUUUUCCACAAAAUUACCCAAGAAAAAAAAGUUGGGUUUUGUUCAAUUUUACAAUCCUUCUGUUGGGUUUGUUUGUUAGGUAGGGUUCUGAUCGAACUUUUUUGGGUUUAGUCUGUUUGAUUUGAGUUGUUAGGGUAAGACUCUCGAUUGAAGUUUUUGGACUCGAGACAGUCAAGAAUUUCGUGUUUUCAAGUUCAUUCGAGAAAACAAAUAGAAUUAGGGUUUAUGAUGGUAGAUUGAUUGAUUGAUUAAUAAUGGUGCGACUGUUGGGAUUGACACGUUCUGAAUCCGAGCCUCGUGAGAUCAAGCAAACCAAUCCGAUCAGUGAGACUGUCGGGGGAAAUGGUUGGCUUGUUCGAUUCUUUGACUCUUCUUUCUUUUGUGAGUGGAUUGCUGUUAGCUAUCUGUACAAGCAUGAACAUUCGGGUGUUAGAGACUAUCUCUGCAACCGGAUGUACACUCUCCCUUUGUCUGGAAUCGAAAGCUACUUGUUUCAGAUAUGCUACAUGAUGGUUCACAAGCCUAGUCCAUCUCUGGAUAAGUUUGUUAUUGAUACAUGUUCUGAAUCUCUUAAGAUAGCACUAAAAGUGCAUUGGUUCUUGUUAGCUGAGAUAGAGGAUACAGAUGACAAUGAGGGGAUUAGCAGAAUUCAAGAGAAAUGUCAGAUUGCAGCUACUUUGAUGGGGGAUUGGUCACCACUGCUUCAACCCCAGAAUGCCCCCUCUAGUCCUUUGAGUAAGAAUCAAGUUCUCAAUAAGUUGUUAUCAUCGAAGCAGCGAUUAUUGUCGUUGACAUCUUCUCCACCUACUCAGCGUUCUGUAUCUUUCUCUCCUUCCUCGGCUAACUCCUUGCAGGAUGAUGGGAUCAGACAAUCUUCUGAAGAGAAUAACAUUUUCAAGAAGUUCAUUCCUGGACAAAAAGUAAGGGAUGCAUUUUUUCUUAGGAAGUCAGUAGAGAGGGAUGAUGAUGAAUCUGAUAAAGAUGGUUUGUUCCGUAGACUCCUUAGAGAUAGUAAGGAUGAAGAUGUUAGGAACUCAGUGGAGAAAGAUAAUGAAGAAGAAGUGGAGAAGGAUGGUUUCUUCCGUAGGCUCCUUAGAGAUAGUAGUAAGAGUGAGGUUUCAAGGAAAUCAAUAGAGAAGGAUGAAGAGGAACCAGAGAAGGAGGGUUUCUUUAAGAGACUGCUAAAGGAUAGUAAGGAUGAGGAAGGGGAUCUCAAUUCUAGCUCAGAUGGAUUUCUCAAGCGGUUGUUUCGUGACAGCAAAAAUGAUUCUGAAGAGAAAGUAGUAUCGAAAUCAGUAGAAGAGGAUGAAAAAGGACUGUUUAGAAAACUCUUCAAGGAAAAACCUGAGGACAAAAAGGAAGGGAUUGACAAGAGUGAUGCUGAAGAAAAAGGAUCAAAAUCCAUCCAAGAUGGCAAGGAUAGUUUUUUGAGGAAAUUUUUCAAAGAAAAAAAUGAUGAUGAAGGUAAAACGUCAAAGUCUGUUGAACAGGAUGAAAAAGAUGGAUUUUUUAAGAAGUUUUUCAAAGAUAAGCCUGAGGAGAAGAGAGAGGGGAAUGAUAAGGCUAAUGAGGAAGGUAAGUUACAAGUUAAUGGAGAGGAAGAGGAGCCUUCAGAUUUCUCUCUAUUCCGCAGAUUCUUUCGAGUGCAUCCAGAUGGUUCAAAGAUAGAGGCAGUGCAUGAAAAUGGCUCCAGUGACAGUGUCCAUGAAAGUAGUCCAGGGUCAGAAAGUUUUUUCCGCAAGCUGUUUAGAGAUCACAAUACCUCACAGGAGAAUUCAGAGCUUUUCGGUUCUAAAAAGCAUGAGAAACACCCGGGAUCACUAAAACAGCUAUCCAGUUCAAAACCUCCACUUCCAAAUUAUAGUAGUGCCUCUCAAUUCCGGAAAGGGGCAUAUCAUGAAUCACUUGACUUUGUUCUGUCACUAUGUGAUACAUCUUAUGGUUUAGUUGACGUAUUUCCAGUUGAAGAUCGCAAAACAGCUCUUUGUGAGUCACUUGCUGAAAUCAAUGCACACGUGGCUUCUGCUCAGGAGAGUGGUGGAGUGUGCUUUCCAAUGGGUAAGGGAGUGUACCGUGUCCUUCAUAUACCUGAAGAUGAAGCUGUUCUUUUGAAUUCAAGAGAAAAGGCACCCUAUUUAAUCUGUGUUGAAGUUGUGAAAACAGAGAAUCCAAGUUCAAAAGCUUCAUCUCAUGCACACAAGUUUUCAAAAGGAGGAAUCCCAUUAGCAAAUGGAGAUGCAUUUUUGCCAAAGCCUCCUCCAUGGGCAUACCCAUUGUCGACGACACAAGAUAUGUACCACAAUGGUUAUGAUAGGGUGUCAACCACUGCUUCACAAGCAAUUGAUCAGGCCAUGUCUCAAUUUUGGGAUUCCAAAUUGAAGCUUGUUCGUGUUAGUCUAUCUGUGGAGAACAUUUCUUCUUGUCAAGAAAUGAGAACUGGAGUAUUGCAUCCAUUGUGUCGAGUGCAUUCUUUUAGUUCUCAGUCUUUGUCGCCUUCCAAUAAUUGUCAAUGCAAAGAAACCCCACCUGACACAUGGCAGAGUGUACUUGUUGACGAGCAUGACCGGGUGAAGGUUGUCCUGAAAGUAGAUACUGGUGUUAACAUGGAUGAUAUAGUGGAUGAAAAUCCACCUCGAAGAAAGGAGCAUCGGCGUGUGCCAAGCACAAUUGCUAUGGAGGAAGUAAAGGCAGCCACAUUAAAGGGAGAAGCACCCCCUGGACUUCCUUUGAAGGGAGCUGGUCAGGACUCAUCAGAUGCAACACAGAAGGACGCUAGAGGUGGCUUUCCAAAGGCUACUGAUCCAUUAUCUGGUGAAUUAUGGGAGGCAAAGAAGGAGAGGAUACGAAAAGCUUCUGUUCAUGGAACAUUACCGGGUUGGGAUUUGCGCUCUAUGAUUGUUAAGAGUGGCGAUGAUUGUAGGCAGGAACAUCUUGCUGUGCAGCUUAUUUCCCAUUUUUAUGAUAUAUUCCAGGAAGCCGGUCUUCCUCUCUGGCUGCGUCCAUAUGAAGUACUAGUUACUUCAUCUUACACAGCACUUAUUGAAACAAUUCCUGAUACGGCAUCAAUUCACUCUAUCAAAAGUAGGUACCCCAAUGUUACAAGUUUGAGAGAAUUCUUUGUUGCUAAGUAUCAAGAAAAUUCUCCCAGUUUUAAGCUUGCCCAGAGAAACUUUGUUGAGAGCAUGGCCGGAUACUCCCUUGUUUGCUACCUUAUCCAGAUAAAAGAUCGGCAUAAUGGGAAUCUUUUAUUGGAUGAAGAAGGUCAUAUAAUCCACAUAGAUUUUGGCUUCAUGCUAUCUAAUUCUCCCGGUGGUGUUAAUUUUGAAAGUGCACCAUUUAAGUUGACCCGUGAACUACUUGAGGUCAUGGAUUCUGAUGCUGAGGGCAUUCCAAGCGAGUUCUUUGACUACUUUAAAGUUUUAUGCAUUCAAGGUUUCUUAACAUGCCGGAAACAUGCAGAGAGGAUUAUUCUUCUUGUUGAGAUGUUAGAGGAUUCCGGUUUUCCAUGUUUUAAAGGCGGUCCGAGGUGCAUCCAGAACCUAAGGAAACGAUUUCAUCUUAGUCUGACUGAGGAGCAAUGUGUAUCGUUGGUACUUUCCCUCAUCAGCAGCAGCUUGGAUGCUUGGCGGACACGACAAUAUGAUUAUUAUCAGAGGGUUCUGAAUGGGAUAUUGUGACAUACUUUUUUCCUUUUAGGAUUGCUGCUUCAAAUCGACUCCGAAAAAGCAGACUGAAUGUUUUAUAAUGUAUGUUAAAUUGGGGCUGUUAGUUUGAGCUGCUGCAUGCCACUUUUUUUAUUUCUGGAGUUGGAAGAAGAAUGAACCAAUGAUGGCAGAUCAACCGACGCUUUUUUUUUCUAUUAGUUUGAGGACUUGUGCAAUUGUUACGGCUGAAAUGACUUGGGGGUUGUGAUCUACAUCACUAAUAUCCCUUCCAGAAGAUUCUUUGCGUUUGCCAUUGUUUUUGUUCUUUACUUGUGUGUCGUUUCUCUCCCAAAGAAAGAGGAAAAGCUUGGUUUGUGGUAUCAAACAGGAAAACUGCCUAUUUGAAAUGAAGAUAGUAUACAGUCUUCUUCUCACUGUACAGAAUAAUUUUGAAAAAGAAAAGGUGCCUUAUGUUGACAGUUAUUUCAUAUCAGACAUCUGGCAGUGUCUCAGCUGCGAAAUCUGCGUUUCAGAGAGAACUUCAUGAAACAGAGUAGUUACGGAUCUUGACCAUUUGCUACCAUCCCUCGUGGGGGCUUCACUUCGAAAGUAUGUUGUUGCUCUGUACAAUAAUAGUUUUUCAUGGAUGAGGGCACAGUUUAUUAUGAUUAAGAAUUUGUUCAUGAUAUAAUUCCAUUUUGAGAGUGAGAUUGAAGAUGUAUUUUAUUAUUGUUAUUUUAUGUGAGAACUGUUUUCUUGUAUCAUAUUAAAGUCAAGCCAUUACAAUUAUUGUGCUGUGUAAUCUGGUAAGUGGUGGUUUUCCU